AUGCGCUUUGAGGCGCACCAUGCGUUUCCCUUUGUGGCAGUGCUGUCCAUUAUUUCCUCACAAGUGGCCGCUAAAUCGCAGAAUGUUUGUGGAAUCAAUCGAUACAACAACGAAAUACCGCUAACUGAACGCAUCGUCGGCGGUAAUCGGUCCUACGAGGGAGAGUGGCCAUGGCAGGUCUCCAUUCGGCUGACGCAUCCUCAGGCGGGCAAAGUGGGCCACUGGUGCGGCGGCGUCCUGGUGGACAAAGAGUGGAUCAUCACAGCUGCCCACUGUCUAAUCAAUCCACUAUUUAUGCUUCCACAAGCGAAGCACUGGGAGGUGCGCGUCGGCGAGUACCACCAGAAGAUGGACGAUGGCUACGAGCAGACGUACCAGGUCUCCGAUGUCUUUCACUACCCACUGUACAAGGGAUACGACAAUGAUAUUGCCCUUAUGAAACUCGCAGAACCGGUAAAAAUCAGCGAGUUUGUGCAACCCAUUUGCCUGCCUCCCAGUACGCACACUGAGUUCUUCGAUAAAGAAUGCAUCGCUUCUGGUUGGGGAAAACUAGAUCAUAACAAAAAAGGCUCCGAUGUACUGCAAAAGGUGCGCAUCAAGGUGUUCAACAAUGCGCUCUGUCAAACGGCAUACUUUAACAAGUUUAAAAUCACCAUUCGAACUUGGCACCUCUGUGCGGGUACCGACGACGAGAAAGGUGGCAAAGGAACUUGCCAUGGUGACAGUGGAGGUCCAUUGCAGUGCAAAAUUGGCUCCACCUGGUACUUGGCGGGAAUAACUUCAUUUGGGUCAGGUUGUGCUAAACCAG